AUAACCUGCCGCAUCCACGUCUCACCGGAAGCAGGCGAAUCAGGAUGGAUGUAGACGCGCGGAGGGACAGGAGAGUCGGCGUUACCCGCUACCAUCCACUUCGAGCUGUGGUAGACGUACCUUGGAAUAGAAAAAAGGAGUCAGUGUCAUUACUUAAUGUGAAUUUUAGACGGCUCGACUUUUAAAAGCAAUGUCUGUCAGUAAAGUUUUAGACGAAAUGUAUUUGAGUUUCGUCGCGCGCAACGUAAAUUUCUGGUGGUGACUCUAGCACUGUUAGCAAACCGUCUCCGACCUUAAAGACUCCAUCCGCAAUCUGUCUUUACAGCUGUACAAAAUGUUCAGAUACACAGAGCAACCCGCCAUAAACUAACGCGUUAUGAAUUUGUUUUGACUGCAGUUGUCUCAUGACCUUCAGGUCCACGAGGUCAAGCUCCCAAAAGGGCAUCGCAAAAGGCCGGACUGAACAAGUCAACAAAGUCCCGGAGUGCCAUUUGUGGAGACGGUGGCGAUCAAGGUGAUAGAUAAGAAGAAGGCUCGUCAGGAUUCAUACGUUUUAAAAAACAUGAAGCGUGAACCUCGGAUUCACCAGCUGAUCCGUCACCCCAACAUUGUCUUGCUGCUGGAGACGUUGGAGACAGAGAACUGCUAUUACAUGGCCAUGGAGCUGUGUGGAGGAGGAGACCUUAUGGACCGAAUCUGUGAGCGCAAACGGCUGGAGGAGAGAGAGGUCCGCAGGUACACCCGCCAGAUACUGUCUGCCGUGGAACACCUGCACCGACACGGGAUAGUUCACAGGGACUUGAAGAUUGAAAACUUCCUACUGGAUGAGCACAACAACAUUAAGAUAGUUGACUUUGGUCUGAGUAACACUCUGAAGGCAGAUUCUCUCUUUCUGGAGCUGCUGAACACUCAGUGUGGCAGCCCAGCUUAUGCUGCUCCUGAACUGCUGGCCCACAGGAAGUACGGCCCUAAAGUGGAUGUGUGGUCUGUGGGUGUGAGUAUGUUUGCCAUGUUGACUGGCACUUUACCGUUUACGGUGGAACCCUUCAACAUCAAGCAACUUCACCAGAAAAUGGUGAAUGCAGAAAUCAAUGCGAUACCGUCGGACAUCAGCAAAGCGGCUGUACAGUUUGUUUUGUCUCUGCUGGAGCCAGAACCAGCAAAAAGGCCAACAGUAAAAGCAGCAAUGGAGGAUAAAUGGUUAAAUGAGGGUUAUGCCAAGAGACCCCUCCAUACUGUAACUCAUAAAAACAGGCUGCGUCCUGAGGAUCUAAAUUCAGCUGUGCUUAACUACAUGACUGAAUCUCUAGGCUACGGUCUUUCUGAAAUCAUCCACACUGUCAUCAGUAACAAGCCGUCUGCCAUCUUAGCUUGCUACCAUCUGCUGCUGAAAAAACUCAACAGGCAUCAGAAAGUUGUGAAGACCAUGAAGAGAGAAGAGAACAGCGAAUGGAAUCUUCUGAAUAAGGGUCUGUCGAGAGGGAGAAGCAAUGCAAGUGCAAAAAGUCAGCAGCAGUCUCCUCAGAGUGACACAGCCAAUGAGAGGAGCUCAAGACAGGCCAGUAAGAGCCAGAGGAGCCAAUCACAGGACAGAGAUGCACAGAGUGGCAUGAAAAGGCCUGCGGAAACUAUUAGACCAAAGCAGCCAAGCCUAGUGGACAGAGCAGAUUCCCAAACCUCAGUCCCUUUGGAUACAACUAAUGAGAUUGCCAUACUUGUGGAGACACAUGAUGGACUGAUUCCUAAGGUCUCAGCGUUUGGUGAAAAGGAGAUGCUUCGUGUCUCACCCCCUAAGUGUUCCUGCAGAGAGGAGAGCGGCACCAAACUCUGUGACUCUGCCCCUUGUGAUGCCACUGUAACCAUAGACACCUCUAGAGACUCCCAGACAAUGAAAACAUCAAUCAAACCACAUGAUCUGAGACCGGCUUACUCUGACAAAUAUCAAGCGCUGGACUGUGAAUAUCAGCAUGAUGACAAGUUAGAGAAGUUGCAGACGUUCUACUCAGAGAAAGGGGCUUCUCCCAGAACGGGACAGCGCUUUAAGGAUCUGUUACUGGCCAUUGAGGAGAAAACCUACAAUGCUCGCCACCUCAGCGCCAUGGAAACCACAACACAAACCUCCCCCUUACCGCGACUACGUCACACUGGAACGCUGAAAGAAUCCGCACCUAGAAAAGUCACUUGGGUAGGCCUUACGCGCCACACAACGGCUGGCACCGGCUCCUCGCCUUUCUUGGUAAAUGGGUCCAAACCGCCACUGUUUCCAUCUCAAAGACAACAAGCUCUCGUUAUUAAAAACCUGAGACAUGCAAAGGAGAAGAGGAACAUGGGAACGGGAGGGGUAGGAGGGACAAGCCUCCCCAGUAAUACAGCGAAAAGAAACUCAAUUCAGUUGCGAACGGCUAUACAGCGAAGAGUAACAGACCUCAACCUUCCAAUGCUUCCGUCUGCUUUACAAAACAAAUCUGACAAAAAGACAGAAAUACUCCGAAUGGAUUUUGGGUGACAUUUGAGGCCUUCCUAAUAGGAGUAUUCUGGGUUCAAUACAAGUUAAGCUUGCUCGACAGCAUUUGUGACAAUGUUGAUUACUACAAAAUGAAUCAUGUUCAUUCGUCCCUCAUUUUCUUUAAGGCAAGACAGGCAAACCAUUGUUUUUUCAUGCACUGGUCAGUUUUCAUAACUUGUCUUAUUUCAGACUAGUGGAAAGAAACAUCUAAAAUAUACAUUUACUGGACUUACAAGUCUAUCUAUUUGCGUCUGUACAAUACAUGUCUUUAAAGGCUGUUUUCUCAAAAUGUUAUCUGAUCAAAGACAGAAAUCUCCACAUCAGUAGCACUAAAAUUCACCAAACUUUCCAAAUUUUAAUUCUGAAGGUUUUUACAGAGGAGUUUGUUCAUAUUCAUAUAACAUUUUAUUCCUAAAAAAAUGGUGAAAAUAUAUAUUUUUUGAUUUAUGGAGUAAUAAAAAAAGA